AUGUCUCUGAUCAUCUACUUCAUUGUUGGUUGCCUCGGCGCAAUGAUUCUGGCUCGCCUCUUUCGCUCUGAGAGGACCUGGUUGGCGCGCAGCGUGUCCACGGGCGCUCCGCGCCGGCGGCUUCACCCUCUGCGGCUGGGCUCCCGCCCUCUCGCAGCCGAAGACUGCCGUCUCCUCUUCCAAACGGACAGUCCACUAUGCACCGCGAUUAUACCCCAGCUUCCCUUCGCAGACGGCCAAACGAAGAGCUCUCUUAGACGUUCGAAAUCAGCCCCGCUCAAUCUCAAGAAUGCAGGAGCUCUUUAG